UUAUAUGCCCUUCGGCCAUCGGUGCGACCUUCUUGAAGGAGCAAAUCGUCCACCCGGGCGCGCACCGAAUCCCUCAUCCGAAGAGAGCUGUCGCUUCUCCCCAUCCGUCUCCACAAUCCCAAUCUAUCGGCUUCCCUGCGCUCGCGAUGCUUCCGUUUUCUCCCACCAUCUCGGCGGAGAUCGCGUCUUUGCUUCACUCCCUCACUAGCUCCAACUAUCAAUCGGUUCUCCACGAUCUAUGCCAGUUUGUUGAAUAUGGAAUUGAUGGCUGCAUUUUGCUUCUUCAAAUCUGCUUGGAUCAAGUCAAGUUUCAUGAUGGAGAUCUGCAGAGCAUGCAACUGAAAUCAGAACUCCUUUCUGUUAUAUUUAGAUAUUUGUUGGAGAGGCCAAAUUUCAGUACUGUCUUUUGUCAAUCGUUAAGAACUCAAGUUAGUGAGAUUUACCUUGAAGAUCUAUCUAAGGCACUGCACCUCUCGAUCCCUGAGAAGAUUGGCAUUGGUCUGGCUUUGUCAGAUUCUGAUGAUAUGGAUGUUAGAUUGAAAGGUCAAAACUUCUGCAUGGUCCAGAUCAAGGAACUGUCUGCUAGUCCUGGUCAUAUAGAAUCUGAUGACCUAAUUCAGAACAUUAUUAUGUUUCUUCAUCGGUGUGAGGGGCUCUCAAAGCAUGUUGAUGCUUUUAUAGCAAUGCUAUCUCUAGUGCAGAUGAAAGAGAAAACUCCUUUUAUAUUGUCCCCAAUGUUUUCUGAUCCUUUAAGUGAAUCGGGUGGUAUGAGGAGUUUGGACAUCUCCUGUGAGUCUAGUGAACAUGACUUCAACACUUUGUUAGCUGAGAUACAGAAAGAGAUAAGCAUGGAUGAUAUUAUAAGAGAACUGGGUUAUGGAUGUACUCUUAGUGGUUCCCAUUGCAAAGAGAUACUUUCACUAUAUUUACCAUUAAAUGAGGUUUCCGUUGCGAGGAUAAUUAGCACCAUUGUGCGUACACAUACAGGCCUUGAGGAUAGUCAGACUGCUUAUGCAACUUUCUGCUCUGCUCUUUGCAACAGUUCAGUUGCUGAUUCUUCAUGGAUGAAUUCCUGGAAUAUUGACGUUCUUCUAGAUUCUAUUAAGCAGAUUGCACCUGAAACAAAUUGGAAAGUUGUGAUGGAAUACCUGGAUCACGAGGGAUUCUAUUUGCCAGAUGAAAAGGCUUUCUUGCUUCUCAUGUCCAUAUACAGAAAUGCAUGCCAGGAUCCUUUUCCACUGUCUGCCGUAACUGGUGUUACUUGGAAAAAUGCUGAAGGGCAGCUGUCAUUUCUGAAAUAUGCUAUACCUGCGUCACCUGAAGUAUUCACGUUUUCUCAUGCUGCAAGACAAUUGUCUUACAUGGAGUUGCCCCAAGGAAAUAGGAUUCAACAAAUUUUCCCAAACAUGUCAUGGAUGUGUCUUGAUUUGCUACAGGUGUUGUGUGAACUGGCAGAGAAGGGGCAUGCUGGUACUGUGCGUGCUUUGCUUGAGCACCCUCUGAAACAUUGCCCUGAGCUUUUGCUUCUUGGAGUUGCUCAGAUAAAGACUGCAUUCAACCUCAUCCAAUUUGAGCUAUCUUCGACCAUCUUUCCUAUGCUUCUUGCAAAUGAUCCAAAAAGUAGUGGCCUUCAUCAGCUUUGGCUGGUUAACCGUGAUCUAGUUCUGCGGGGCUUCAUAGAUAUUCAUGAUGCUGAUCCAGACAGUGCUUUGCGGAUCUUGGAGAUUUGUCAUGAUUUGAAGAUUCUACACCCUGUUUUGGAUAUGAGUCCAUUCUCAUUCGGUAUUAAAUUAGCUGCUCUUGCAUCUAAAAAGGAAUAUCUGGAUCUCGAAAAAUGGCUGAAUGAAAAUCUUAACAUCUAUAAGGACACAUUCUUUGAGGCUUGUCUGAAGUUCUUGAAAGAAAAAAUGCUUUUUGAUGCUACAAACGAUGCACCAGCUAAUCCUUUUCAGCAUUCUGGGGGUGGUUCAAGUGUUUCUCCAGAGACAGCUUCUGUGUUUUUCAAGGUUCUUCAAGCUCACUCUGGGCAUCUUGUCUCUCGCCAACUUCCCGAUGAAAUGAAAAGAUUGCAUGCAGCAACUGUUCAUGCAAACCCACGUGGUGGAGCUGCAGAUUCAUCAUCACCAGAAGGGUAUCCAGACGAUAUCGAGGCAGAAGCAAACUCUUACUUCCAUCAAUUGUUUUCAGAACAGUUGUUAAUGGAUGCAAUGAUUCAAAUGCUUGCUCGUUUUAGCAGAUCAUCUGAUUGUAGAGAGCUCGCAAUAUUUGAUUGUAUGAUCCAUAAUUUGUUUGAUGAGUACAAGUUCUUCCAGAAAUAUCCAGAGAAACAGCUGAAAAUAACUGCAGUUCUUUUUGGUUCUCUCAUAAAACAUCAGCUUGUAUCCCAUCUGACUCUUGGUGUUGCUCUACGGGUUGUCCUUGAUUCUUUGCGCAAGUCAGUUGAUUCAAAGAUGUUCUUGUUUGGUUCCAAAGCAUUGGAGCAGUUCAUGGACCGGUUGGAGGAGUGGCCACAAUACUGCAAUCAUAUUUUACAGAUAUCUCAUUUACGUGCUACUCACCCUGAGCUAGUGUCAUAUAUUGAAAGGAUUCUAGCUCGUAUCUCAUCAAGCCAGUCUGAAUCAAUUGGAGGGAAUAGUGCUUCUUCAGAUCAACCACAAAAUAAUAUUUCUCUAGAAGCCACUGAAACUGCAGAUAUGAAUGUUUCCAGUACUGUCCAGUCUUUGCCACAAGUUUCCUCUCAACAACCGCUGCAACAGAGACAUCCAAGUUAUUUGGAGGAUCGCCAUAAGGCUUCCAAUGCUCCAGUUAGCCUUGUUAAACCUCUUUUGUCUUCUUCAGUGCAGUCACCCUCGAUUCCUAAUAAUGUUGACCUAGUUAAUGUUCAAAAGUCAACUGCAUCUCAGUCAUCUCAAAGUGUGCCAUCUCUUUCACCUUCUACCGCACCCACUUCCAUGUUGACAUCCCCUGGACUUCUUCGCUCUUCAAGAGGGUUGACACCUGCAGGUGUGCUUAGACAGACAACUUAUAAUACUGGUUUUGGGGCUGCUUUGAAUAUUGAAACACUUGUUGCUGCUGCUGAGAGGCGGGAAACUCCAAUAGAGGCACCUCCUUCAGAAGUUCAGGACAAGAUAUUUUUCAUGAUUAAUAACAUUUCAGCAGCUAAUGUGGAAAUCAAAGCAAAGGAGUUCAUUGAGAUUCUAAAAGAGCAAUAUUAUCCCUGGUUUGCUCAGUAUAUGGUGAUGAAAAGAGCAAGCAUUGAGCCAAAUUUUCACGAUCUGUAUCUGAAGUUCUUGGACAAGGUGAAUUCGAAAUCAUUAAACAAGGAAAUUGUCAAAGCUACUUACGAGAAUUGCAAGGUUCUUCUCAGAUCAGAACUCAUAAAAUCAAGUUCAGAGGAGAGAUCAUUGCUCAAAAACCUUGGUAGCUGGCUUGGAAAAUUUACAAUUGGUAGGAAUCAAGCAUUGAGGGCUAGAGAAAUAGAUCCAAAGCAGCUAAUAAUUGAGGCAUAUGAAAAAGGGUUGAUGAUUGCAGUGAUUCCAUUUACUUCAAAGAUCUUGGAACCUUGUCAAUCCAGCCUGGCUUAUCAGCCUCCCAAUCCGUGGACAAUGGGCAUUCUUGGUUUGCUAGCAGAAAUUUAUGCUCUUCCAAAUCUGAAAAUGAAUUUGAAGUUCGACAUAGAAGUGUUAUUUAAGAACUUAGGUGUGGAAAUGAAAGAUGCUAAAUCUACCUCUCUUCUUAAAAAUCGUGUCCGAGAAGUGGAAGGAAAUCCUGAUUUUUCAAAUAAAGAUCUUGGUGCAUCUCAGCAGCAGGUUGUUGCUGAUCUUAGUACUGGGAUAAUCCCUCCACUGGGUCAAGUCGAUCUGCAGCCUGAAGUGGUCAUUCCACCACAUCCUAGCAGCCAUUCAAGUUAUGCUGGUUCACUUCACCUUUCAUCAAGCACGUUGGGGGAGGAUGAGAAAAUUGGGAACCUAGGAUUGACUGAACGCAUACCUUCUGCUCAGGGAAUAUCACAGGUUGCUCCUACGCAGGCACCUUUUUCUGUCAAUCAACAGCUUUCGAUGCCGAUCCCUAAUCUUGGAACUCAUGUGAUUAUCAAUCCGAAGCUCAAUCCAAUAAGUCAGCAACUGCAGCUUCCAAGAAUAGUGCCAUUAUCCAUGGAAAGGGCUAUGAGGGAGAUAAUAUCCCCUGUUGUUGAGCGUAGCGUCAACAUAGCAUGCAUGACAACAAAAGAACUUGUUUCAAAGGAUUAUGCCAUGGAAUCAGAUGAGAGCCGUACACACAACGCUGCAAACUUGAUGGUUGCAAGUCUAGCAGGAAGUUUAGCUCAUGUGACAUGCAAGGAACCCCUCCGGCUUGCCAUUUCAAAUCAGCUGAGGAAUUAUCUUCCAUCUGUAAAUAUGUCAAAUCUUGCAAGUGACGUUCUCGAACAAGUUGUGCAGAUUGUAACAAAUGACAAUCUUGAUUUAGGAUGUGCAUUAAUUGAGCAAGUUGCGACGGAUAAGGCUCUUCAAAGAAUUGAAAACGAAUUUGCUGAAUUGCUGUCUCUGCGAAGGAAACAAAGGGAAAACCUUAAUGCUGCCUUUUAUGAGGCCAGUACCUAUUCACAAGGAACUCUAGCUCGCCUUCCAGAAGCUCUUCGUCCAAAGCCUGGUCGCUUGUCUGCUGCACAACAAAGAGUAUAUGAGGAUUUUGCUAGGUUCCCAUGGCAAAACCAACCAAGCCAGAGUUCAAAUGCUAUAUCUUCUGCACAACCUGCAUCUUCUGGUGGCUUUGUUGGUUCUGGUUUGUCUCGUGCUUAUGUAUCCAGCUCAGUGCCGAUUAACUCAAGCAUUUAUUCAACCACACAACUAGCUGCAGGAUUUGGUUCUACUGUGCAGCCUUCAGACCAUAUCCCUGAGGAACUGGACACUGGAAUUACUUGUAAUCCUGGAACACCUGAUGCAGCCACUCAGAGUAUUACAGAAGCCAGUUCUUUUGCAUCAUCAGCAUUGCCUGCUGUGCCCACUGAAGUGCACCCCGGAGAAUCUGCUAAUUCUGUAAAGGACUCCGUGCCUUCAUUACAGCCAUCUCUUCCACAAUCAGCCGCAGAGCGCCUGGGGGCCAGCAUAUCUGAGCCUUUGACUACAGGUGAUGCAUUAGACAAAUACGAGGCGGUGGCCCAGAAGCUUGAGAAUUUGGUUGCCAAAGAUGCAAGGGAGGCUGAAAUUCAGGUUCCUAUUGCUGAGGUUCCUGAAAUCAUUCUUAGAUGUGUAAGCAAAGAUGAGGCUGCCAUGGCUAUUGCACAAAAGGUUUUCAAGAGCUUAUAUGAACACUCAUCAAAUAGUGUUCUUGUAUCUUCUAAUCUUGCUAUCCUGGUUGCAAUUAGAGAUGUAUGCAAACUUGUCGUCAAGGAAUUGACCAGCUGGGUUAUAUACUCUGAUGAGGAACGUAAGUACAACAAGGAUAUCAUUUUCGGCCUUAUUAGGUCUGAACUGCUAAAUCUUGCUGAGUACAAUGUGCAUCUGGCAAAACUGAUUGAUGGGGGAAAAAAUAAAGCUGCUACAGAUUUUGCUAUUGCGCUGGUCCAAAGUUUGGUGGCUCAGGAGCUUGGUGUUAGUGCAUCAGAGUUCCAGUCCCUUCUUGAUGCACUGGGGAAGCUUUCCAUGAGAACUGGACUACCAGAGUCAUUGCAGCAAUUGGUCGAGAUUGCAAGAAAUCCUUCUAAUGCAGCAAGCCAGCCUACAGUUGUGAGUGGCAGCGUAGAUAAAGCUAAGUUCAUUCGUGACAAAAAGGUGCAGCCCUUGAGUCGUGCAGUUGCAAGCAGGGAAGGAACAUACUCAACUACUACAGAAUCUGUUGCUGCAGAUUCUGCUGCUUUCCGGGAACAGGUUGCUUAUCUAUUCACAGAAUGGGGUCGAAUAUGUGAAUCUCCUGGAAGCAAUGAGGCAGCUUAUCUUUCUUAUCUUUCACAGCUGCAACAACGUGGAAUACUCAAGGGUGAUGAUGUUUCUGAUAGCUUCUUCCGCAUACUCAUGGAAAUUGCUGUGUCACAUUGCCUAAAUCUGGAUGGCGUUUCUCCUUCUUUAAUUCCACUUCAAGGUGCACAUGUGCAAAACCUCAGCUUCACAGCGGUCGAUAUGUAUGCAAAGCUUGUGUUUUUGCUGGUCAAGUUCUAUGCUUCUGAUCAGGGGUCAAACAAGAUCAUGCUUUUUCCUAAGGUUUUGACUGUAACAGUGAGAUUCAUUCAGAAGGAUGCUGAAGAAAGGAAGGCAGCUUUUAAUCCAAGGCCAUAUUAUAGGUUGUUCAUAAAUUGGAUUUUUGACUUUAAUUCUACUGAUCCAAUUCUUGAUGCUAUUAACUUCCAGGUUUUAACUGCAUUAGCUAAUGCCUUUCAUGCACUUCAGCCAUUGAAAGUUCCUGGUUUCAGUUUUGUUUGGCUUGAGUUGGUGAGUCACAGGAGCUUUAUGCCAAGGUUGCUUAUGAGCAACUCUCCGAAGGGAUGGCCUUUUAUCCAAAAAUUGCUUGUUGACUUAUUCAAAUUUCUGGAACCCUACUUGAGGAAUGCUGAGCUUGGAGAGCCGGUUCUAUUUUUAUACAAAGGCACACUUAGGGUGCUAUUGGUACUACUACAUGAUUUUCCAGAGUUUCUCUGUGAUUAUCACUUCAGUUUCUGUGAUGUGAUUCCACCCAGUUGCAUACAAAUGCGAAAUGUUAUUCUGAGCGCAUUUCCACGCAACAUGCGACUACCUGAUCCGUUUACACCAAACCUUAAGGUUGAUCUCCUUCCUGAAAUCAGCCAACCACCAAGGAUUCUCUCUGAUGUAGAUGGUGCCUUAAAGGUGAAACAAAUGAAGGCUGAACUGGAUGAAUACCUUAAGACUAGGCAACCUGGAUCCACAUUCUUAACAGAACUGAAGCAGAGAUUGUUGCUUCCCCAAGCUGAAGCAUCCUUAGCUGGGACCAGAUACAAUGUCCCCUUGAUCAAUUCACUUGUCCUAUAUGUUGGUAUGCAGCAGGAGAUCCAGCAAAUGCAGAGCAAGUCAGCGCCACAACAGCUUGCAGUUCCAACUCCAAGGAUGACAAAUAGUGCCUACAUGGAUAUUUUUCAGAAGCUAAUCGUGGAUUUGGAUACAGAAGGGCGCUAUCUUUUCUUAAAUGCAGUUGCAAAUCAACUGCGCUAUCCGAACAACCAUACCCAUUUUUUCUCCUGUGUUCUCCUUUUCCUCUUUGCUGAAGCAAAUCAAGAUAUCAUCCAAGAGCAGAUUACAAGGGUGCUGUUAGAGCGCCUGAUUGUCAACCGGCCACACCCUUGGGGGUUACUUAUAACUUUCAUUGAACUCAUAAAGAACCCUUUAUACAACUUCUGGAAUCGGUCAUUUACGCGAUGUGCGCCAGAGAUUGAGAAGCUCUUUGAUUCUGUUGCAAGAUCGUGUGGGGGCCCGGCAGUCAAGGCUGUGGAUGAUUCUCUUGUUUCUGGUCCCAUUUCAGACAACAGCCACUAAUUUUGUUUUAAAUGUGUAUAUAUACAUUUAAUUGGUUAUUUUUUGGCAGGUGUAUCUAGUUCUAGGUGUCAUCUGUGAGUAUUCCAAGCGAUUUUACCUCUUGCAUCCCAAUUGUUUUCUUAAUCAAUGAAAAGUGUCAAUGUCAUAGAUAAAUUGCAAGCUC